AUGACCCUUCUUGCUGAUCCCACUCCUUCUGUUACCAGCACUCCCUCUCCUGUGAAGGGUACUCAUCCCCCUCCUCAGACUGUCCCCGCGGAUCCUCCGAGGACGGUGGUGGUUGUUUACGGUCCCGGCCAGGACACCAUUGUGCAGGUUGUCGCCGAGGUUCUGGGCAAACCGUGGACCACGGAAACGUCGCUGUCCUCGCUGGUGAAGGGCAGUAAUGCCGUCGUGGUGGGGAUCCUGGCCGACGAGCUGGCCCGCAGUCUCGAAGGGUGCGACCCUUCCACCCUGAUCGUGAUCAACACGCACUGUGUGGACGACGGCUCUGCGCCGGACGAGGCGCUCACCGACCGCUGCGACUAUGAGUUUCUGUACUCGCACAGCCCGGUUCUGCGGCGCGAUCUGACGCGGUUCCUGUCGUUGGUCCUGGGCCAGACGCGGCCGCACGAGGAUCUGAAGACCAAGACGCGCACCAACUUCAUCUCGACGACUUUCCCCGAUGUGCAUGCGGCGCUGCCGAACCUGGACAUCCUGUCGGUCGGGUCGGAUGCGGUGGAGAUCCGGGUGGACCUGCUGGUCGAGCCGUCGCCGCAGGGGGUCACCAGCCCCGUCCCGAGCCUCCGGUACGUGGGCCAGCAGGUGAUGCUGCUGCGGCAGCACACGGAGCUGCCGAUCAUCUUCACGACGCGAUGCACGCGGGAGAACGGCAAGUUCCCCAUGGACGACCCGAUGCUGUUCUACCGGUACCUGCGGCGGGCGAUCCAGUGGGGGUGCGAGUACAUCGACGUGGAGCUGUGGCUGCCGGAGGAGAUCCGGCGGCGGCUGGCCGAGCACAAGGGCCACAGCGUGAUCAUGUCGGCGUUCCAUGAUUUCUCGGGCACCUGGAAGUGGACAUCGCCCGAGGCGGCGCGGAUCUUCGCGGAGAGCGCCCGGUACGCGGACAUCGUCAAGAUGAUCGCCAUGGUGCACACGAUCGAGGCCAACUACGAGCUGGAGUACUUCCGGUCGACGGUCAAGGCGAGCGGGUCGCCGCCGCCAUCCCCGCUGCUGUCGGCGGUCAACAUGGGCCAGAUGGGCCAGCUGUCGCGGGCGCUCAACACGGUGUUCUCGCCCAUCACGCACCCGCUGCUGCCGAUGAUCGCGGCGCCGGGCCAGCUGACGGCGGCGGAGAUCAACGAGGCGAUGCACAUCAUGGGGUCGCUGCCGAAGCGGGACCUGUACGCGAUCGGGUCGUUCCGGGCGACGCCGCAGUCGAUGUUCAUGGAGAAGUGUUUCAAUGAGCUGAGCCUGCCGCACACGCUGACGUCGAUCGACCGCGGCCCCAAGGGGACCAUCGAAGGGGUGAUCAUGCAGCCCAGCUUCGGGGGCGCCUCGGUCAACCCGCCCAUCUCGGCGGCGACGCCGUACAUCCCCGCGGUCAGCGAGGCGGCGCGGGCGAUCGGAUUGAUUGAUACCAUUGUGGUGCAGGGCGAUGGACCCACGACGACGCGGACGCUGAUGGGGGAGAACGCGACGUGGAAGGGCAUCCGGGCGACCCUGACGCGGGACUACGUGCCGUCGGCGUACCGGGGCCGGGCGGCGAUCAUCCUGGCGGGGUCGGAGAGCGAUGCGUCGGCGGCGAUCUUUGCGCUGCGCAGUCUCGGGGUGGGAGCGAUCUACACGGUCGGAUUCCGGGCGACGGGACCGCUGGCGGCGGGGCUGGAGCCGUUCACGUCGAUCCAGUCGGUGAAGCUGGUGGAGCAGCCGUUUGUGAUGGUGUCGGCGCUGCCGCCGGAGAAGUCGCUGCUGGUGCAGCCGCUGCUGCGGCACUACCGCAGCACGGGGCGGACGUCGCCGCGGUCGACGCGGGGGAAGGUGUACCUGGAUCUGACGGCGAGUUCGGGGGCGCGCAAGGGGGAUCCGGUGGGCGUGGCGGUGGGAGCGGGCUGGACGGCGUACGGGAUUGACGAGGUGACGGCGUGGACGACGGUGGAAACCUUGCGGCUGCUGGUGGGACAGAAUGUGCCGUUUGAUUUUGUGCGGAUGGCUUCGGGGAGGAUUUAUUAA